AUGGCAAAAAGACUAUCAUUUCGAGUCCAUGGCGAUGUCCAAGGGGUCGGAUUUCGAUACUUCACUCGGAAGAAAGCAACAUCUUAUGGCGUGACCGGAUGGGUCAGAAACACAGCAAAUAACAAAGUCGAAGGAGAGGCUCAAGCCGAGGAUGAUAUUCUGCAAAAGUUCAUGAAGGAUGUUGAGAGUGGACCAAGCCACGCCACUGUGGAUAAGGUUGAGAAGCAGGAGAUUGAUGUGGUUGAAGGAGAGACAGGAUUUGAAGUUCGCAGGUAG